GACUGCCUCCUGUCACAUGCAGGCUGCUAGAGCUACUGAGGGUAUAAAUUGAUUUGUGCAUUCAGCCCAGCCAGAUCCAACAUGAAGACAGCCACAGUCUUGGUUCUGGUGGCUUUGAUCACCAUAGUGAUGGACAUGACCUAUGCUCUGCCUUCUACCAAAGGAUUACAGAAAUCUGGAGCUUGCCCCGAGUUGCUGCCAAACACUGCUGGAAUUUGUGUUGAGGGAUGCUCUGGAGAUGAAAUGUGCCCUGGGAAAAUGAAGUGCUGCAGCAAUGGGUGUGGUCAUGUCUGCAAAUCUCCCAUCUUCAAAGAUGUGCAGGGGCGGCAAGUGGAGGUUCCGCCGAGAUAUGGAAAGUGAGGAAUCGUGGACUGGGUCACUCUG